GCUAAUUGGAUGGUGAAUUUGAGGUGAGUCUAGGCUCCAUAGCAAGGCUCAUCUCAAAACAAAACCAAACCUCUGAGGACACUUUUCUCAAACUGGAAGCUGAAUUCUUUCUCACUGGAAACUCUGAGAUCUCACAUUUGUUUUAGAAUGGGGAAGGAAUUGAAGGAGAGCAGCUUGAGGACUCUUUGGAGCACGAUGACUCAGGAAGGCAGUUACGGGAGGUGGACCAUAUCCAGCAGUGAUGAAAGCGAGGAUGAGAAGCCCCCAGGAGCCCCACUGGAAAAGCCAUGCACAUCUUCUCCCCCCCGUGCUCAGCAGGGAGCUGGGAAUGAGCCAAAAUACACCUGCUCCGAGGCUCGGAAAGCUGCGCACCGGAGACAGGCCUCGCCUGUGAAAUUCAGCGACACAGAGUCAGUUUCACCUCCCAAGAAGCAGAAGACUGGUUCCCAGGAAGACCUAGGCUGGUGUCUGUCCAGCAGUGAUGACGAGCUGCAGCCCAAGGCCAAGAACGUGGUGGUUAAAGAAGAAAAGGACAUCUCCUUGCCCAAACCUGGUGUUGCCCCAGAUCUAGGCCCUCCUGCCAGCCACAGGCUCAAGGAGGAGAACGAUGAGUACGAGACGUCAGGGGAAGGCCAGGACAUUUGGGACAUGCUGGAUAAAGGGAACCCUUUCCAGUUUUACCUCACUAGAGUCUCAGGAAUAAAGGGCAAGUACAACUGCAAAGCCCUGCACAUCAAAGAUAUUUUAUCUCCUCUAUUUGGGACACUUGUUUCAUCAGCUCAGUUUAACUACUGCUUUGACGUGGACUGGCUGGUAAGGCAGUAUCCACCCGAGUUCAGGAAGAAACCAAUCCUGCUCGUGCAUGGCGACAAACGCGAGGCUAAGGCUCACUUGCAUGCCCAGGCGAAGCCUUACGGAAACGUUUCCCUCUGUCAGGCAAAGCUGGAUAUAGCAUUUGGAACCCAUCACACAAAGAUGAUGCUCUUGCGGUACGAAGAAGGCCUCCGCGUCGUCAUCCACACCUCCAACCUCAUCCGAGAGGACUGGCACCAGAAAACCCAAGGAAUCUGGUUGAGCCCCCUGUACCCACGAAUUGACCAUGGAGCCCACGGAGGUGGAGAAUCCAGAACACAUUUUAAAGCUGAUCUCAUCAGCUACCUGCUGGCUUACAACGACCCCGCUCUCCAGGAGUGGAUCGACACCAUCCAAGAGCACGACCUCUCCGAGACAAAUGUUUACCUAAUUGGUUCGACUCCGGGACGCUUUCAAGGAAGUCAUAAAGAUAACUGGGGCCAUUUUAGGCUUAGGAAGCUUCUGAAGGAACAUGCCUCACCUACCCCUAAAGCCGAGUGCUGGCCAAUAGUGGGCCAGUUUUCAAGCAUUGGCUCGUUGGGGGCCGAUGAGUCCAAAUGGCUGUGUUCUGAGUUCAAGGAGAGCUUGGUCACGCUGGGGGAGCAAAGCAAAAUGCCAGGAAAAAGUGCCACUCCCCUUCAUUUGAUCUAUCCUUCUGUGGAAAACGUGCGGACCAGCUUAGAAGGAUACCCUGCCGGAGGCUCUCUUCCUUACAGCAUCCAGACAGCAGAGAAACAAGGCUGGCUACAUUCCUACUUCCAUAAGUGGUCAGCUGAAACAUCUGGCCGCAGCAAUGCCAUGCCACAUAUCAAGACAUACCUGCGGGCCUCACCAGACUUCAGCAGAAUCGCAUGGUUCCUCGUCACAAGUGCCAAUCUGUCCAAGGCCGCCUGGGGGGCGCUGGAAAAGAAUGGCGCCCAGCUGAUGAUUCGCUCCUACGAGCUCGGCGUCCUGUUCCUCCCUGCAGCCUUCGGCCUGGACAGCUUCAAAGUAAAAGAGAAAUUCUUCUCUGGGAGCCGGGAGCCAACGCCUUCGUUUCCUGUGCCGUAUGACCUGCCCCCGGAGCUGUAUGGCAGUAAAGAUCGGCCGUGGAUCUGGAAUAUUCCUUACGUCAAAGCGCCAGACACACACGGGAACAUGUGGGUGCCCUCCUGAUGUGCAGCGAUGCGGGGCCCCUCCCCGGGCAUGGGAAAACGUCCAGAACCCUGGGCACUGUUCACAGAGGUGCACCUCCCCUACAAAUCCUAUUUGCACCCCACGAAACUGUUUGCAAAGGCCACUUGGGAGCAGAGAGGUCUGUUGUGCUUUUAAUGGUCAUUCUCCACAUUCUCACUAAAAAUAAGUGUUAUUUUCUUAAUUUCCUUUCCUCGGCUUUGGAGAACAAGUUAUUAAACUUCACCCUGU